UUCCCUGUUUAGGCGCAGGGCAUCUUGGGUUAGGUUGUCAAAGCGGCGGGAGAGCGGGGAAGAACACACUCAAAACAUUAGUUUUUUUUUUUUUUACGAAAAAUAAAUUCCCUUUUGUACUAUGCGACCAAAUUGCAAAUAUUCUGUCUCGUAAACCACAACCGUUUAGUAUUUUUAAAUCCAGUCGUGGCUGUGUUUGCUUGACGACGAAGCGAGCUUUUGAAGGAAUCCCCGGGAAAAGGGGCUUCACUUUGAAGAGCCAGUUUUUGUGCUUAGCAGCGUCGUGCUAAAACACAAGCCCAGCGACUAGAACCAUGGCGAAGGUACAGGUCUUGAAUGUGGCCGUUCUAGACAACCCGAGCCCCUUUGGCAACCCGUUCCAGUUCGAGAUUACGUUCGAGUGCAUGGAGGACCUGCCCGAAGACCUGGAGUGGAAGAUCAUUUACGUGGGCUCAGCAGAAAGUGAAGAAUAUGAUCAAGUCCUGGACUCUGUCCUGGUGGGACCUGUGCCUGCUGGACGACAUAUGUUUGUCUUCCAGGCAGAUGCGCCAAACACAGGACUGAUCCCCGAGAGUGACGCUGUGGGUGUUACCGUCGUGCUGAUCACCUGCACGUAUCGGGGACAGGAGUUCAUCCGCAUCGGUUACUACGUCAACAACGAGUACACAGACCAGGAGCUCCGAGAGAAUCCACCCAUCAAACCAGACUACGCGCAGCUCCAGAGGAAUAUCCUGGCAUCCAACCCGCGCGUUACCAGAUUCCACAUCAAUUGGGAAGGCUGCGCCGAGCGUAUGGAGGACUCUGAGAAUGUGGACCCGUCAUCCAACUCCAUGCUCCCGCCGUCCUGUCUUCCCGGCAAAGCCCCGCCCAUGGGAAUACUACCAGAGAAUUCGAUGGACUGCUUGUAGAGAUGUCCCAAGUGUUUAUUUCCUCUGUGAAAUGGGUGUGGGGUUGUAAUAUCAUAUUGUACAGACUAUUUGCCUUAUAACUGCUCUUUUGUUCCUGCAAGCUCAUUAAAAUUCUGCAGAAUUGGCUGUGGUUCAAAUUCUCCCACUACUCACAUUUUGAAUUUGGACCACGUUAAUUUCAGAACUGAAGCAAAAUGCAUAUAAAUGGCAAUAUUUGCCGUGCAAGUUGGCAUUUGCACUGACAGGUGGGGAAAAAAGUCAUUUCCUCCAUGUGUUGAUUUUCUAUUUUGUUUUCCGAAUAA